CCCCAACCCCCUCAGACCCAACGCCAACAACCUAUGAAAACAACGGGCGUUGAACUACAUACACCAGAAUGGGAUCCAAGACCCCCGAAGGACAUCGGCAAGAGCCCGAUGCCCACACCAGCGACAUCAAGCCCGCCAAUCCCCAAGUCAAAGCCGGAAGAAAUGGUUCCAGCUCUGCAGACAUGGACCGAGGCAUCAUCAGCGACGAGGAUGACGACGAGGACGACCAUACGAAGGAAGAAGCUGGGGUGAGCGAGACUUCCAAUUCCGACAAGAAACAAAAGAAACGCAAGCGGACCAAGAAGAAUAAGAAGAAGAACCCCGCAACCACCAAACAAACGACCCCACCGCGGGUCCCGCUGUCCACCCUCUUCCCGACCAACGAAUACCCAGCGGGCGAACUCGUCCCGUACGAGAACACCGCCCGCACCACGGACGAAGAAAACCGGUACAACUCCCGCCUCUGGGACGACGACAAUUUUCUUCGCGACUACCGCAAAGCGGCCGAGAUCCACCGCCAGGUCCGGCAGUAUGCGCAGAAGGAGCUCAUCAAGCCCGGGGCCAGUCUCAGCGCUAUCGCGGAGGGGAUCGAGGACGGGGUGCGCGCGCUGUCCGGCCACCAGGGCCUGGAACCCGGGGAUUUCUUCCACGCCGGCAUGGGCUUUCCCACGGGCUUGUGUUUGAAUAAUGUUGCGGCGCACUGGACGCCGAAUCCCGGCGCCAAGGAUGUGGUUCUGGAUCAAAAUGAUGUGCUUAAGGUGGAUUUCGGCGUGCAUAUCAAUGGUCGCAUUGUUGACUCUGCAUUCACGGUUGCGUUUGAGGAUAAGUAUGAUAAUCUUCUGACGGCUGUGAAGGAGGCGACCAAUACUGGGAUUCAGCACGCUGGGGUUGAUGCGCGGAUGAGUGACAUCGGUGCGGCGAUCCAGGAGGUGAUGGAGAGCUAUGAGGUCGAGAUCGAUGGGAAGACUCGGCCUGUGAAAGCUAUCCGUAAUAUCACCGGCCACGAUAUCCUGCGAUAUCAGAUCCAUGGUGGGAAACAGAUCCCUUUCAUUAAGAGUAAGAACCGUGAUAAGAUGGAGGAGGGCGAGGUCUUCGCUAUCGAGACUUUCGGGUCUACCGGCAAGGGUUACCUUUACGAUGAUGUGGGUCUCUACGGUUAUGGUAGAAACAAGGACGUCUCUGGCGCGCACCUGCGUCUCGCCUCUGCCAAGUCGCUGUUGAAGACCAUUGACUCUAACUUCGGGUCGAUCGUUUUCUGCCGUCGCUAUCUUGAGAGACUUGGUGUCUCCCAUUAUCAUCUUGGGAUGAAGAAUCUCAUCGACAACGGAAUCGUCGAGUCCUACGCGCCGCUUGUGGACGUGAAGGGCUCCUACACCGCUCAAUUCGAACAUACGAUUCUUCUCCACAGCGGCGGCAAGGAAGUCAUCAGUCGUGGUGACGACUACUAGGCUGGUUUUGACAUCUGUAAACGAUGUCUCUGCCUGUUGCUAUUGACUAAGCAAUGCUUCGUUCAACCCUUUGCUAACCCCGGAUUCAACAUCCGUCAGGUCUUGUUCACUUGAUUCUGUUCAUCGCAUGUUAUGUUUCCUUGGUCUGCCGCUUCGCGGUAGCCUAGCCAUUCAUUACCUACCAACAUAGGGAAUGCAAUUCAUUCUUC